AUUCUUUUUUUGUUUUUCCUUCCAAAACCAAAGCCAAAGCCAAUAAAAUAACAAGAAAACGAAAAACCCUAAUUGCAGUUGCAAACUCAUCUCUCUCUGUCUGUGUCUGAUAAACCCUAAAAAGAGGAAGAGGCGGAAGAAAAAAAAGAUGAGACCUUUGGACGAGAAGGAGACGAGUGCAGUGUUCGAGAAGCUGUUCAAAUUCGUGGGCAACAACCUGAAGAACAUCGUUGAAAACCCCUCUCACGAAGGCCCCGAUUCGAACCCUGGUCGCUACUGUUUCCGUCUCCACAAGAACAAGAUCUUCUACACGAGCGACUCGUUGGUGAAGCGAGCCACUAACAUCGCUCGCACCAACCUCGUUUCCCUCGGCACGUGCAUCGGCAAAUACACACACGGUGGCAGUUUCCACCUCACCGUUCAAGCCCUCAACUUGCUAGCCGCCAAUGCCAAGCACAAGGUGUGGCUCAAACCACAGUCCGAGAUGUCCUUCUUGUACGGCAACCACGUCUUGAAGAGUGCCUUGGGUAGGAUCACCGACAACAUCGCUUCCGGUGAUGGGGUUGUCGUGUUUUCCAUGUCCGAUGUUCCUCUGGGUUUUGGUAUCGCCGCCAAGUCCACUCAGGAUUGUAGGAAGUUGGAUCCCAACGCUAUCGUCGUGCUGCACCAGGGUGAUAUUGGGGAGUACUUGAGGAUGGAGGAUGAGCUUUGAGUUUCUUAUUUUGUUUCACUUCCCCCCUAAUCCUGGGGUUUUGGUAAUUGGGUAAUUGUUGUAUGGUGUUAUGCUCAUCAUUAUGUAACCUGGGUGACUCUCAGAUUGAUUAUUGCUUCCGAUUCAUCUUGGAACAUUAUGAACUUGGUUAUAUUGCAUUCCCCCUCUCAAUUACAUUAUAUUUAUUUUCCUACGAGGUUUUUGUGCUUUUUGUAUAAUUUAUUUAUAUCUACUCUUUUUGUCUAUGAGAUUGCUUUGAAUUGUCAGAAUUUUCUGCGGUUCCUGCUUAUUAUUUUAUGACUGAGGAUCGGUGUAAUUUUCUGAGUUGAGGAAUAAUUAUUUGAAAGGAAAAUAAUUAGUGGAAGACUCUGUUUAAUCUUUUUUUGGUUGAAUAGACUUGACAGUUACAGUUCUGACUACUGGCUUCUUGCCUAGUUACAAAUAUCUCAAUCUUCCAGCAGAAACGAUCACCUGAAUCUUCUUGAUAUGAACAAUCUAAUAUAUGGUGCUUAUUGUUUGAUACUGCUUAAUUUGGAUUUUGAAGAUUUUGGUCUAUAGUUUAUAACUUUCUGAACCAAAAUCUGUUUCCCCCCUGCUUCUUAUCUGUAAUCAUAUGUUUGUCAUGCCCUCGCUCGUUCAUUUUUUCACUUUUGGGAUGUCCACGAAUUCUUGUAUGGAAUUCUCUCUACUGACCCAAUAUUGUCUCAUUUUUCUUUAGGCUUCGGUAUUGCUGCUUUUUAAUUCUUCAGAUAGACUGAUUUAUUUAAAUAUAAUGACUCAGUUAAACUUAUAAGAAUAUGAUGUUGUUAGACUGUCCCACUCCUUGAUUGUUAACAAGGAACCAAACACAAACGAUUUCAUCCACUGAUAAUUUUGAAUUUAAUUCAAAAUUUACUGACAAAAUGAGGAGGAUAAAGGUCUAAUUUUAUUAAAAAAUAAUGUUUUACUCUUUUUCUGUUUGUUUGGUCAUCUAAAUCUCUGUUCUAUUUACUGACUUUUGAUGGAAUUGAGACACAUUUUUCGUGUAGAUUCAUCUUCCUCCUGUGGAUGAGAAGAAAAAAGUAAUUACGGAUGUUGACAGGAACAGAAGAUAUGCUAUCGAUGCUUCAAUUAUGCGUAUUAUGGAGUGUGUUGAGCUGUUGUGUUUCAUGCUCAAGCCUGAUGGCGGAUUGAUGAUUUGAUUUCUGGAGUGGAGACUACUUGGAAAGAGACAAAGAUAAUGCAAAUUUGUUCAACUACUUGGCUUGAUGUGGUCUUAACAAUUGUGCUAAUGAAGUAAACUGCAAAUAGCAAAACAAGAGGAUCGUGCUUUAACUUUUGCCAAAAGAAAAAAGUUCUUCCUAAAAAUUUCUUUUGAGGGGGUGCUGCAAGUGGUUGUACAUUUUUCCUCGAUAUCCAGGUAUGGUUUACUACUGUAGAUGUGUGCUCAUGUUGGAACAUUGUAAUCAAUUCCAUAAGUAGGUCCAGUUCACUGGUACCUUCACCACCUUUUUUGCUUUUUGAUUGCUGCAAUUCCAUCCCUUAAUUGAUCCCCCCCGCGGUUGUAUUUUGAUUCUCAGCUUAAAAAUC